AUGCCAUGGCUUGAAAAAACCCCCUUUGUGUGGUUUGCAGGUGCUCCUGGGACCCCCCUGUGCGACAGCUCGGGCUGCAGCCCCGGCCGUGCAGAAGAGCGGAGUGCAGGCCAGGAGGCCGGGGCCAGCGACGGUGCCGCCGUGCCCCGCUGCAGCGGGGCUCCUGCAGCCGUCUGUGCGCGCUGCCCGGGCCCGGCCGUGCCGCUCGCCGGCCCGACGGCUGCGGGGCCGUGGCCGCUGCCCGGCGCGCAGCAGGAAGCAGGUGAGAGCAGCGCGGCCCGCGGGGACCCGGCCCGCUGCCCUGGCGGGCUCUGGGGGGUUCCUGGGCGCGGGGCUGAUGGCUCGCUCUCGGCCGCAGGGCAAAAGAAGGAGCUGCAGGAGCUGUACCAGCUGGGCCCGCAGCUGGGCAGCGGUGGCUUCGGCACCGUUUUCUCGGGGACCCGCCUCUCAGACGGCAGCCCGGUGGCCGUCAAGCACGUGGCUCGGAAGCGCGUCCUGCGGUGGGACGAGCGGCCCAACGGCACUCGUGUUCCAGUGGAGAUUGUGCUGAUGGAGAAGGUGGGCUCUGGCUGCCACUGCAUCAUCCAGCUCCUGGACUGGUUCGAGCUGCCUGACAGCUACAUGCUGGUCCUGGAGCGUCCGGAGCGAUCGCGGGAUCUCCUGGAGCUCCUGCAGGAGCACGGGUCCCUGAGCGAGGAGUCGGCGCACUGGGUUUUUUGCCAGGUGCUGGAGGCAGUGUGGCACUGCACUGCCUGCGGCGUCUGGCACGGGGACAUCAAGCCGGAGAACCUCCUCGUGGACCCGGAGAGUGGCAGCCUGAAGCUCAUCGACUUCGGUUGCGGCACGUUUCUCCAGAACUGGGGCUUCAGAGAGUUUGCCGGAACACAAAUGUACUGCCCACCCGAGUGGAUCUGCCGGGGCUACCUACUCCAGGAGUCGGCGACCAUCUGGAGCCUGGGCGUGCUGCUCUAUGUCAUGGUCUGCGGGCGCCUCCCCUUCAAGAACGUCCAUGACAUCGUGUCGGGGCAGCUCUUCUUCUGGCAGCAGGUCUCUCCAGAGUGCCAGCAUCUGAUCCGCUGGUGUUUGGGCAAGCACCCCGUGGACCGGCCGGAGCUGCAAGAGAUCUUGUGCCACCCUUGGGUGCUGGGGGGGCGCCUUUGAUGCCUCGCUGGAUCCCCCGCAGCACCCAGUCGCCAAGUCCCACGCAGUACUGAUGGCCAGAAAAAUUAAGCAGCCACCACGUCUGGUCCUUGUUAGCAACUAUAGCUAAGAAAACCUCUUGGGAAAAGGGAAAAUCAGAGUGUUCCCUUCAGCCUUUGUCAAGGUUUUGAUUCCUUUUCUCCAGAUAGGUAGAUUUGUCUCUCAGAGUGCAGAGGAAGCCCUUAGAAAAGGGCUGCGUGCUUCCUCACAGGAACCGGUCUCAGCAAGACCUGCUCAUCUCUGAAGAUGCAGAAUGCCAGGAAAAUCCUGAAAGCAAAGAAGUGAACCCAGCCACUGGUAGUUCAGCAGUCCUAGAAGGAUGUGUCCCAGGAGCAAAUAUCCUGGUGCUGCCAAUUUCCAUUCCACAGCUCUUAGGAAAAUUCAGCUGUGCCAUAGAAGAGCCUUGGUAUCGUGUUGGGUAAGAUCCUGCAGCAUUUAAGGCAGGUUUUCCCAUGUCCAGGUCUUUCUCUGGAGCAGGCAAGGGAGGAGGAGGACAAGAGGAAGAACUCCACAGUUGGGUUACUCAUUGUGAGAAUCUCCACCACUCAAUUGCCUUCUUGAGAGCUGCUGGACCAGAGAUGGAGGAAGUCCUUUGGACAGGACUUCCUCUCUCAGAGCCACAGCUGUCUGCAGGAGCUGCUCAUCCUUGAGGAUGCAAAUGGCCAGAUAAUGCCUGGAAGUAAAAAGGGGAGCCCAGCCCUCUCCAAGAUGUUCCCAGAGGCAAGUUUUCCAUCAACAAGUGUCCUGGAGCUGCCUGCACCCUAUCCAUGGCUCCCAGAAUGUUGUAGCCAAAAUUAAGGACAAAUGCAGGGGAUAG